CCCACUAUUAUAGAUACGGAAACCAAGACCGUUAAAAUUUUUAUGAAAUUAUAGUUUAUAAUUCGACACGCACAAACAUUCUGUAUAUAUUAUUUAGAGGUAUAUGUGCCUAUAGUAUUUUAUUAUUAAUCACAUUAUACCUAUUAUUUGCAAUGUUAUACUUAUUAUUAUAUGACGUCUAGACACUGGCCCAUAUAAAAAGAAACGUUCACGCCCUGUGGUACCACAGUGCACCAGUAAAGGCUUUCAGCGAUGCAACGCAUAGACACCAUCAACAUGUUCUUGCAAAUGACUGGGUGCACCGACAGCAAGGCAAUGCUUUACUUGACGUACUUCGAAUUUUUGAUCACGUUCUAUUACUUAAUCGCCGCGUACGCGUCGAUCGUGCAUUUCGAACAGAGCGUGACCAUCCAGCUGUUCGCGCUGUUGUGCAUGUUGAUCGAGUGCGUGAUACUGCUGAACAUCACUUUUCGGCUCUACCACAAAAAUCACAUCCGCGAGAUGCACCAGUACUCGAGACGGCUGGGAAUACCGGACAGCUAUCGGUCGGUGAUAAACGUAAUAACGAAAUACCACCUGAUAGCUUCGAACAUUUUUGUCAUUUUCCCGGUCACGUACGUGGUUUUCUGCGAUUCGGUGCGCGUCGGAGACCCUUUCACGUUUCCAUUCUUGGACGUGUUACCGAUGCACAUCGACAAUCUCGUGAUUUACGCGUGCAAAUACUUGGUGUACGCGAUAUCCGUGUACAUAGCACACGUCGAACUCUGUUUUAUAAAUACGACGUUCAUAUAUUACGUGGGCGUUUUGAAACACAGGUUAGAGACCAUUGUACAAACGAUCGGAGAAGCUUUUGCCGACAACGACGAACAAAAGUUUAAAUAUGCGAUCAUUCAACAUCAAAAGUUACUAUCAUAUUUUAAUACAAUGAAAAAAGUAUUUUCAAAACCGAUAUUACUGUCAAUGUCAUUCAAUGCUAUAUAUUUUGGUUUGACUACUUCUUUUGUGAUUCAAGCUAUUCGGGGUUAUAUUAAUCAAGCAAUAAUAUCAAUAUGUAUAGCAAGCAGUGCAGCAGCUGUUAUAAAUAUUACAAUAUAUACUUUUUAUGGAAGUGAGCUUAUGGAUUUACACGAUAAAAUAUUACAUGUUCUUUUUGAUAAUGCAUUUUUUUAUGUAAGCAAAUCGUUUAAAAGCUCUAUUUUAAUAAUGAUAACAAGAGUUACAAUACCGUUAAAAUUUACUGUUGGUUACAUUUUUACAAUCAAUUUAAAUUUACUUCUUAAGGUAAGUGAAUAAAUGAUGUAUUAUAAAAUAAGUUAUAACUUACUAAACUAUGAUUACAUGAUGAUGUUUUCUUUAGAAAAAAAA